ACGUCAUUUUGAUGUUAGCUAUGUGUGUAACCUAACCUAAAACCUGUGUUAUUUACUUUACUGACUGAGCCUAGGACUUUAAAUUUAAAAUAGGAUAACCCUAAAUCUAUACAAUCUUUGUAAACCCCGAAAAUAAUAAUGGUGCGAAAGUUAAAGUUUCAUGAGAAGAAGCUCUUAAAAAAAGUUGAUUUUAUAUCAUGGGAAGUGGACAAUAAUUUACAUGAAGUGAAGGUGAUGAGGAGAUAUUGUAUUCAAAAAAGAGAAGAUUACACAAAGUAUAACAAAUUAUCUAGAGAAAUCAGAACAGUUGCCAGAAAAAUAAAGGAGAUAGAUCCUAGUGAACCAUUUAGAUCAGAUUCAAGUGCUGCAUUGUUGGAAAAACUCUAUAUUCUGGGCUUAAUCAACACGAAGUGGGACCUGGAGUCGUGCGAUGGUGUCACAGCCUCCUCGUUCUGCCGCCGUCGUCUGCCGGUGGUCAUGGUUCGACUGCGGAUGGGCCAGACUGUCAAGAUGGCAACCAAGCUGGUUCAGCAAGGUCACGUCAGGGUCGGCACCGAGGUCAUCAAGGAUCCUGCCUUCCUUGUCACUAGAAAUCUAGAAGACUUUGUCACGUGGGUUGAUACUUCAGCUAUCAAGAAACACAUCAUGGAAUACAAUGAGAUGAGGGAUGAUUUUGACAUGAUGGAUUAACUUGAAGUUCAUGAAGAAAAUGCAUUUUUUUUAUAUAUCAGUUCAAUAACAGUAAAUUUUAUAAUAAAAUGUC